AUGGCCUUCCGUAUGAUUGCCGCGCUAAGCUUCACCGCUGUGGCUUCGGCUGAAUACUUCGAAGGUGACGGCACCAGCUACACGCUCGGCGAUGUAAGUAGUGGGAACUGCAACUUCAUGUCGGCUGUCCCGACGGCCUCGACCAAUUACGCCGCACUCAACAACGAUCAAUGGGACAACCUGGCCAACUGUGGCCGCUGUGCCGAAGUGUCCUGCAUCGACGACCAAUGUGCCGACCAAACCACCACUGCCAUUGUGCAAAUCUUGGAUCGGUGCCCUGAGUGCAGCUCUGGCGACCUGGAUCUGUCACCGACGGUGCUCAAGAACAUCACCGGUUCCGACCCCAGCCGUCUGUCGAUCCGCUGGAAGUUCGUGGACUGCCCCAAUCCAGGAAGCAUCGAGGUUUGCCUCAAGUCCGGCAGCAACGGAUACUACGUGGCCGUACAACCUACCAACACCCUGGUUGGAGUGGAGAUCGUAACUAUUAAUGGCGAGUCGACCACAAUGGUGGACAGCGCGUACUAUUACCUGAUCGAGAGUACAAGUGACGUUGACCUGACGUCGGCACCUACUCGCUGA